UAGUUGCAGUCAGCUGUUUUUUGUUUUGUUUUCAUCUGACAAAUAGAGACAUCAACACAGCUCUUCUGUGUUAUCUUCUGUGCACUGCUCUAUUGAUCUUCGAUUAUACUUGUUUUGGCGCUAGAUUUUGAAUUUAAGAUGAUGACAAUGAACCGAAUGACAACACGCCGAAGGCGGGAGUGUUUGAUCCGGGAAGCGGAAUUAGAGUUGAAUAAUAUGAACUGUGAUCUUGUUAAUGAUACGGUGAUAGAAUUAGCUGUCAAUAUUAGAGGAACUCUAUCAGUGAUCUCGGAUAAAUUCACGAAUGAUGCCAUUAUUGACAUAAUUCCGGAUGUUGUUGGAAUUCUAAAUAAAUUGGACACCACAAUCUCCUACAAUAAUGAACUGCUGAAUGAACGCACUGACCUUCUGAAUAAUAAUACUGAACUGACUAAGCAAGUAGAGUACGAGAAAAAUAAGCGUAAAGAAAACUUUGAGGACUCCUUAUUCAAUGAGGAAAAGGCUGAGGAGGAAAUUCUGUUAUUGGAAGCGCGUAUAAAAAAACUGGAGGCAUCUAACACCCAUUUAAACGAGGAAUUGAAUAAUAAGAAUGAAAUAAUAAAAAUUAUUGAAGCCGAUAAUAAUAGCUUAUUUUUUAACAGAGAUACUAUUUUGGACAAAGUAACUUCUAGGAGCAAUGAUGAAUUUAUUACGCCAAGAAAUACUGCUAAAGUUAGAACCGAUUUUACUGAGACUGGAGCUAUAACGGUAAAUAACAGAUUUGAAAUUCUCUCUGAAAACGCUAAAUCUGCAAGUAAUAAUAGGCCUACCACUUCUCAUAAACUACUGGUCAAGGCUCAAGUUCACAGACCUAUAGCGUUGCCCAAGACGUCUCAUAUUAAAAACACCAUUACUGAAACAACCCAUACCGGGAAAAAAAGGAGAAUGACAAUUCUAUCGGAUAGCCAAGGAAAACAUUUGAGUGAAUACCUGCAGCAUCUGUAUGACAGCUUUGAAACCUUCGUUUAUACUAAACCUGGCGCUAAAUUAAAACAUAUUAUUCAAGAUGGCAUGGAUUUUGUUAAGGAUUUCACCAAAGAUGAUGUUAUUGUUAUAUUGGCUGGCACAAACGACUUCCAUGUAGACGAACCUCAUCAGUUAACUGUAUUCCAAGGAAUAAACGCUCUCUUAAAACUACGGUUGAAAUCUAAAAUUGUUGUAUGCAGCGUACCGUACAGAUAUGACAACCUCAGCCUAAAUGAAAACAUACUCUUCUCCAACUCCUAUCUAUCGAGAGUAGUGAGUGAAUAUGAGGGCGGUCUGCGGCUUUCCUUUUUGGACGUAAAUGACUUCCUCCAGCGAUCCCACUUCACAAGGCACGGUCUGCAUCUCAAUCGUCGCGGAAAGCUGAUACUAGCCAGGAACUUUGAAGUGUUUGCCAAGCAGAAUGCUGCGAGAAUUGGUGUAGGUGACCUUGAUCUAUCGGCGAAUACUGGUGGCAGGGCUACAACUGCGGAUGAGCUGCGGAUCCCUCAAUUGCCUGAGUCUCCCGCUAUUAACUAUCUGGGUUCCUAUCCUAUCACACCCAAUCAAGAGGAAAUGGAAAACUGUGACGAUGGAUGUGAAAACUGUGAAAAUGUGCAUGAUUCCAUGUCAUCUGAAAAGGACAAUGGACUAUCUCGGACUUCACCCCUUAGUAAUAGUUUGAUUGAAUUACCAAGAUCUUCAUCUUUAGUAAAUUUUAAAAUUAACAAUUCAAGUUUUUUAUAG